AUGACCCUGGCCAACGGGAAUGGUUCCCUCUGCACCGUUUGCGGGGAGGCACGAGUGGCAGAGAGAACGGAAACAGAACUCCGCCCACCCAUCAACGUUUCCACGGGCAACGGAUCAACGGGGAAGCCGAAGGCGGAGCGCGAGCGCCACCGGACGACCAAUAGGGCAGCGAGAAGAGAAGCGUGGGAGGAGCUUGCAAUUAAAGACUGCUCAACGGACGCCGCUGCGAGGUACGUGCGGCACAGAAAAGGCGGCCUUUGCCACGGGGACUGUACCACCACCGCCCCCCCGCCCACCAGAAUGCGCCACUGUGACAUCACCCCCGCGACUUCUCCACCGGGGCAGCCGUUUACCGGUUCCUUCUGCCUCCCCACACCUGACCCCGCACAUCGCAUUGCCUCGAGCACUCUCGCCUCGCUUGGCUCGGAGAUGGCUGCCCACGUCCCCGUGGCCCCGGGCCUCCCCCAGAUGCUCAAAGCCGGCAUGAAGUACUUCAGCGGCCUCCAGGAGACCCUCUUCAGCAACCUCACGGCGUGCAAGGCCCUGGUGCGCUCCCUGCGCACUUGCUACGGCCCCCUGGGCUGCAACAAGCUGGUGGUGAACCACCUGGGCAAGAGCUUCCACACCUCGCACGCCGCCACCAUCCUGCGCGAGCUGGAGCUGGAGAACCCCGUGGCGUGCCUGCUGCGCUCGGCUGCCGAAACGCAGGAGGAGGAGACGGGCGACGGCACCAACUUCGUCGUCCUGCUGGCCGGGGCGCUGCUGGAUAACGCCGAGAAGCUGCUGCGUUCGGGGCUCCCCAUGGUCCACAUCCGCGCCGGCUACCAGAUGGCCUGCAAGGAGGCCCUGCGCUUGCUCCCGGGCCUCACCUGCCACGUGCUGAAAAACCCCGGCGACGUGGAGGAGGCGCGGUGGGCCCUGCAGGCGGUGGUGGGCAGCAAGGUCUUCGGCUACCAGGCACUGCUCUCCAAGCUGCUGGCCAAGGCCUGUGCACUGGUCCUGCCCCCCGACCGCACCGCCUUCAGCCCGGACCUCAUCCGCCUCUGCAAGAUCCCCGGCGGGGGGGUGGCCGACUCCUGCGUUCUGGAGGGGGUGGUCGUGUGCACCGAGGCCGAGGGGGUCUUCAGGCGCGUGGAGAGGGCCCGCAUCGCGGCCUACUGCUGCUCCUUUGGGCCGUCCGGCCUGGAAGCCAAGAACACCAUCACGUUCCAGAGCGCAGCGGAGCUGAAGGGCUACGGCGGGGGCGAGGAGCAGUGGCUGGAGCAGCGAGUCCUGGCCAUCGCCAAGGCCGGCGUCAACCUGGUGGUGGUGGGCGGGCAGGUGGACGCGAGGGCGCUCUUCUACGCCAACAGGUGCCGGCUGAUGGUGGUCCGGCUGGCCUCCCGGUCGGAGCUGCAGCGCCUGUGCAAAGCCGUGGGGGCCACCCUGUUGCUCAGCAUGGCCCCCCCGUCCCCCGAAGAAAUCGGGCACUGCCGCCGCGUCUACAUGAGCGAGAUCGGCAGCACCAGCGUGGUCGUCUUCAGCCAAGAUGGGGCCACUUGCCCCCUGGCCACCAUCGUGCUGAGAGGGGCCACGGCGGACAUGCUGCAGUGCCUCGAAGAGGCGCUCCGGGACGGCAUCAGCGUCUUCAACGCCUUGUGCAGCGACACCCGGCUCCUGCCUGGUGCGGGGGCCACCGAGAUGGCCCUCUCCGUGCGCCUCCACACCCUGGGGAUGUACUUCCCCGGGCCGGAGCACUACGGCAUCCUGGAGUUCGCGCAGGCCUUGAAGACUCUCCCCGCCACCCUGGCCGAAAACGCGGGGCUCCCUGUCAACGAGGUGAUGGCGAAGAUCGAGAUGCAGCACCAGCUGGGUGCGCAGAACGCCGGCAUCAGAGUGGCCGCGGAAGAGGCUGGCACUGUCGACGUUGCCCGCGAAGGCCUGCUGGACCCCUUCCUGGUGAAGCACCGGGGCCUGGCGCUGGCUACCCAGGUGGCCGUCACUCUGCUCGGGGUGAGCAACAUCAUGGUGGCCAAGAAGAGUGGGGGACCCAAACCCCGCGGGGAAGACCCCAACUGGGACAAAGAGCCAGACGCGCUCGAUUAA